AAACCAAUGUUUAAACCUCUUUAUAUUAAGAACAAGGAACUACAAUCAGAACAGAGUGAAAGGAUUAUAGAUUAUGAACUGUAUGAAGCUAUUCGUGAAAAAAUUGGGGACAAGAUAUAUAGCAUUCAAUUGGAAAGAGAUCUAUGGCGAGUUUAUCUCACGUGUUUGGAGAGCCGUUCGAAACUUCUAGUUGAGGGGUUUGAGGUUAGAAACAUUUCCGUUCAAGUUUAUGACUCUAACCCGUAUUCAACAGGCGCAAAAAAUCCCAAAGACCAAGUACUCAAGGUCACUAUCAAUGGUCUACCCCUAUCUGUAGAUGACAGUGCGGUUUUUGAGAUGCUGAAUAACUUUGACGUUACUAUCAAAAGCGAUCUCAAAUACGAGAACAUCAGAAAUCCCGUUACCCAUCGAAUGACCAGUGUACUCAAUGGCAAUAGAUUUCUAUACAUCGCACCACUGAUUAACAAAUCUCUCCCGAGAAACGUUACAUGUGCUGGUCUAAAAUGCCGUCUCUUCCAUUAUGGUCAAGUUACCAACUCCCCAAAGCUUCAGUGCUAUAAUUGUUGGGAAUUUGGGCACAGAGCUCAGCAAUGCAACAGUGAAAAGGCCUGCAGAGUAUGUCGCGAACCUGGUCAUGAACCAGGAUCUCCGGACUGCCAACAUUACAAAGAGACUGAAAAUGUUGUUGCAUUCCAAGGAAAAGAAAAUCCCAUUUCAAACUUUUUCCCUUGCGACAUUAAAGUCUUUGGCGAGCACCACCAGUCAGCCGAGCAUGCUUAUCAGUUGACGAAAGCGCUACGUGCUGGUAAUUUAGUUGCAGCUGAGAAGGUAAGAAACGCUCCCACAGCACUGGAUGCUAAAAAGAUAGGAAAUUCCAUAAAGGACCCGGAGGGUUGGAGCGAGCAAAAACUGGAAAUAAUGGAGGAAAUCGUGUCUGCAAAAGCUGAACAAGUAACUUUAAUGCGAGAAAAACUUGAAGCCUCUAAUGCUUAUACGAUUUUUGCCGAGUCCACUGUUGACGUGUACUGGGGUACAGGCUUGGAUACCAUCGGCACAACUCAAACAGAACCAUCAAAAUGGCCAGGUGAAAACAAACUUGGAGUCAUCGUCCAAAAAAUUGCUGCCAAAUAUACUAGAAAACUCAGGAGCGCCUCCCUGCCUAGGAAAGGCUCUCAAACCGAGGACAGUCAAAAGAAACUUGAUACAUUUAUCCGAGAUUUGAAAAAAAAUAAAAAGAAAAAUGAAAAAGAAUCUGCUACAAAAUGAU